AUGUAAAUUUUGUUGAAUUAAUUUAUGAAAGUGAAUAUAGAUGAGGUUGUUAUAGAAGGAUUCUCUAUUGCAUCUAUGAAAAAUAACAACUAUGUUAAUUUUUUGAGUGCUACUAACAUUGAUAACUUGUACAUUGAUUCUAUAGUAGUUUAGUAAAAUUUAACUAAUUGUAUUACAACUUAAAUUUUUAACAUUAUUGCUAGUGAAAUUUAACUUACUGGAUAUUUGAUUAAAGCAUAAAACAUAAUAGAUAUUUCUUUAUUAAAAGUUUCUUUAUCUGGUAUAUACUUUUGCUAAGAAACGAUUUUUAAUUUAGUAAACAUUUAAUAUGCUUCAUUUAAAAGACUUGAAUUAGAAAAGAUAAUACCCUAAUUAUUUCAAAGUACUAUCUUUUAUAUAGAAUAAUAAAAAUAAUUGUACUAUAACUAUUAAUUAUAAAUUUUCUAUUCUGAUACUCAAGCAGAUUUAUAAUCUAAGUAAAACUUAUAAUUCCUUGUUUUAAAUGGAAUUCUGUUUUUUUUAUAGAUCGAAGAUUUCUAAGUAAUAAAUGGUUCUUCUAGCAAUUUUGGUGGUUGUAUAAAUUUCAUUUCAUAAACUGAUUAUACAUAAUCAUAAGUAAUUAUAUCCAAUUCCAAAUUCAUAAAUUGCAAAAGUAAAUAUUCAGGAGGAGCUAUUGCUGGUAUUAAAUAAUUAGAAAUAAAGAAUUCAAGUUUUGAAAAAUGCAGUAGCUAAAUAGGUGGCGCUUUGUAUAUGGUAUAAGAUGACCAAAUCCUUUUUGAUAAAAGCUUUUUCUUACAAAAUAAAGGAUAUUUAGUAGCAAAUAAUUACAAUUAACAAACUGUAGAUUUUGAAAUAGAUGGAAUAUAUGAAUUAAUUAAUCUAAAUGAUGACAAUUAGCUUGUUAAAGUUGAUAAAUUUUUAUAUCCUGGAUUGACAUACUUGAUUAAGAUAUCAAUAAAAGCAGAAGAUGAAUGGUACAAUACAUUCAGUAAUGCUAAUAGUUUUGGAAAUAUUUAUGACCUUUUAAUUAAUCCAUCUAAUAAUUUUUUAUCUUUAACUCCUCCUCAAUUAUUAAAAAUAAAUUUUCCUUUCCUCUUAUGGUAUGCAUUUGAUAUUCCAUUUAAUGAAAAAUAAAUUAUAAACUUUGAACCAAUUAGCAUCAAUUUUGUUCUAUAAUAUACAAUUUUAACUAAUUAAUACAAAAUAAAAAAUGGGUGUAAAGAAUAAGGAAUGGAAUAAGUUUUCUUAGAAAACAAAAAAAAUUAGCAAUUUAUUUGUAAAUAUUGUGAUUAAAUGAAAGCUAGUUAUAAUGGAGUAUGUGAAAAUUGUUAAACUGACUAUUUUUCAUCAUGCUAUGGAAACUACUCAAUGCUAAAAUAAUCUUAUUGGAGAUCAUAAUACACAGUGGACCCUUCUAAUAUUUAUUUUUGCUCAAAUAAUCCUCAGAGUUGCUAAGGAGCCUUAAUUAAUGAGGAUUUAUGGUAGCAGUAUUGGAAAUGA